AUGGCCCGCCGUCCCGCUCGUUGCUACCGCUACUGCAAGAACAAGCCUUACCCCAAGUCUCGUUUCAACCGUGGUGUGCCCGACCCCAAGGUCAAGAUCUUCGACCUUGGACGCAAGCGUGCCGGUGUCGACGACUUCCCCCUGUGCAUCCACCUAGUGUCGAACGAGUACGAGCAGCUGUCGUCCGAGGCUCUCGAGGCCGCCCGUAUCUCUGCCAACAAGUACCUCGUCAAGCUCGCCGGAAAGGAUGGUUUCCACUUGAGGAUUCGUGCCCACCCCUUCCACGUCAUCCGCAUCAACAAGAUGUUGUCGUGCGCUGGUGCCGAUAGAUUGCAGACUGGUAUGCGUGGUGCCUGGGGUAAGCCUAACGGCUCCGUGGCCCGUGUCAACAUCGGCCAGGUCCUCCUGUCCGUUCGCACACGUGACUCGAACCGCGCCACCGCUCUCGAGGCUCUGCGGAGAUGCCAGUACAAGUUCCCUGGUCGCCAGAAGAUCAUCAUCUCCAAGAACUGGGGUUUCACCCCCCUGCGCCGCGAGGAGUACGUCGAGAAGCGCGCCAACGGCGAGGUCAAGCCCGACGGUGCCUACGUCAAGUUCCUGAGGCCCCACGGAAACCUUGCCGAGAACGUCCGUGCCUACCCCCAGGCUUUCGCCAAUGCUGCCGCCGCUGCCACCGCCUCCGCAUAA